GCGCCUCUUCCCGAGGCAUGCUGGGAGCCUGGAGGACUAGUGAGGAGGAGUUGGGAGAACGGAGCGGACGCCAUGGCGACCAACAUCGAGCAGAUUUUCAGGUCUUUCGUGGUCAGUAAAUUCCGGGAAAUUCAACAGGAACUUUCCAGUGGAAGGAAUGAAGGCCAGCUCAAUGGUGAAACAAAUACCCCCGUCGAAGGAAACCAGGCAGGUGAUGCAGCUGCCUCUGCCAGGAACCUACCCAAUGAAGAAAUAGUUCAGAAGAUAGAGGAAGUACUCUCCGGAGUCUUAGAUACUGAGCUGCGCUACAAGCCAGACAUGAAGGAGGCCUCCAGGAAAAGAUGUGUGUCUGUACAAACAGAUCCCACCGAAGAAGUUCCCGCCAAAAAGUCAAAGAAGCAUAAAAAGCACAAAAAUAAAAAGAAGAAAAAGAAGAAAGAAAAGGAAAAAAAGUAUAAAAGACAGCCGGGUGAAUCUGAAUCCAAGCCGAAAUCACAUCGUGAUGGAAACUUACACCUAGAAUCAGCUUCUUUUGCGAAGCCUGAUUCUGAACCUUCAGCAGCGGCACUGGAGCAGCCUGCAAGAGCAUUCGGCCUCUCUGAGGCCAGUGAGUUUCCCGAAGCUGUGCUCGACCCUCCUGCAGUAUCAAUGGAGGCAUCAGAGCCCCCCACCUCGGAAACUCAGAUGCCCGCUACACAAACUGCAGAACUGUCCGCCGGGUCUACACCAGUCAUUUCAGAGCAGUCGGUGGCAGGAACACUGGAACCGUGCAAGACAAAGGUUUUGGAUUCCUUUGCGACGGUGCCAGUGCCCUCUCCCGCAGUAGUGCUGAAGUCAUCUCCUGAGCCUGUUGUGGCAAUGUCAAUGGAGUAUCAGGUGAAGUCUGUGUUGAAAUCUUUUGAGAGCACACCUCCAGAUCCAUCAAAGGUCACGAUAGAGCCUCCGGUAGCAAAAGUGGUAGAGCCAUCCGAAACCCUUGUGUCAGAGGCACCUGCCGAGGUGCGUGCUGAGCCAAGCACAUCAACAACAAUGAAUUUUCCAGAAUCGUCUGCACCUGAAGUGCUAAGAUGGCCAGAGCCGCCCGUAGCAGUGCCAUCGGAGACUGCGGAUUCUUCCAUGACAUGCCCGCAGGAGUUGCUGGAGCUGCCCGAGAACACGGCGUCGGAGCUGCCGGAGUCGUCGGUGGCCUCAGCAGUGGAGUUGCCGGGGCCACCUGCGACCUCCAUGCCGGAGUCGCAGGGGCCCCCCGUGACUCCGGCGCUGGAGUUACCUGGGCCCUCUGCCACCCUGGUGCCAGAGUCGCCGGGGCCCCCUUCUACCCCAGUGCCUGAGUUACUAGGGCCCCCUGCCACAGCAGUGCCUGAGUUGCCGGGGCCCUCUGUGACGUCAGUGCCACAGUCACCACAGGAAUUGCCGGGGCUUUCAGCACCGUCCGAGGGGCUGGAGCCACCACAGGAGGUGCCGGAGCCACCUGUGAUGGCACAAGAGUUGCCAGGGCUGCCUGUGGUGACGGCAGCAGUAGGGGUGCCGGGGCAGCCUGCGGCUACGGUAGCAAUGGAGUUGACCGAACAACCUGUGACGACGACAGAGUUGGAGCAGCCUGUGGGGAUGACAACGUUGGAACAUCCUGGGCAGCCUGAGGUGACAACAGCAACAGGGUUGCUGGGGCAGCCCGAGGCAGCGAUGGUGCUGGAGUUGCCAGGACAGUCAGUGGCAACCACAGCGCUGGAGUUGUCAGGGCAGCCUUCGGUGACUGGGGUGCCAGGGCUGCCUUCGGCAACUAGGGCACUGGAGUUGGCGGGGCAGUCCAUGGCAGCUGGGGCACUGGAGCUGUCUGGGCAGCUCAUGGCAGCUGGGGCACUGGAGUAUGCGGGGCAGGCUGGGGCAGCUGGAGCACUGGAGCUUCUGGGGCAGCCUCUGGCAACAGGGGUGCUGGAGUUGCCAGGGCAACCUGGAGCGCCAGAGUUGCCUGGGCAGCCUGUGGCAACUGUGGCGCUGGAGAUCUCUGUCCAGUCUGUGGUGACAACGGAGCUGUCAACGAUGACCGUGUCGCAGUCCCUGGAGGUGCCCUCGACGACAGCGCUGGAAUCCUAUAAUACGGUAGCACAGGAGCUGCCUACUACGUUAGUGGGGGAGACUUCUGUAACAGUAGGAGUGGAUCCCUUGAUGGCCCAAGAAUCCCAUAUGUUAGCUUCUAACACCAUGGAGACCCAUAUGUUAGCGUCUAGUGCAAUGGAGUCCCAGAUGUUAGCUUCCACCGCCAUGGACUCCCAGAUGCUAGCAUCCAACACCAUGGACUCCCAGAUGUUAGCCUCUAGCACCAUGGACUCCCAGAUGUUAGCAACCAGUUCCAUGGAUUCCCAGAUGUUAGCUACUAGCACCAUGGAGUCCCAGAUGUUAGCCACCAGCUCCAUGGAGUCCCAGAUGUUAGCCACCAGCUCCAUGGACUCUCAGAUGUUAGCCACCAGCUCCAUGGACUCCCAGAUGUUAGCCACCAGCUCCAUGGACUCCCAGAUGUUAGCCACCAGCUCCAUGGACUCCCAGAUGUUAGCCACCAGCUCCAUGGACUCCCAGAUGUUAGCCACCAGCUCCAUGGACUCCCAGAUGUUGGCCACUAGCUCUAUGGACUCCCAGAUGUUAGCAUCUGGUGCUAUGGACUCUCAAAUGUUAGCUUCUGGCACCAUGGAUGCCCAGAUGUUAGCCUCUGGUACCAUGGAUGCCCAGAUGUUAGCAUCUAGUACCCAAGAUUCUUCUAUGUUGGGUUCCAAAUCUCCUGACCUUUAUAGACUAGCUCAGGAUCCUUACAGGUUAGCUCAGGAUCCUUACAGGUUGGGUCAUGAUGCAUACAGGCUAGGUCAUGAAGCAUACAGGUUAGGACAAGACCCCUAUAGAUUAGGCCAUGAUCCCUACAGACUAACUCCUGAUCCCUACAGGAUGUCACCUAGACCCUACAGGAUAGCUCCCAGGUCCUAUAGAAUAAGCCCUAGGCCAUACAGGUUAGCACCCAGACCCCUGAUGUUAGCAUCUAGACGGUCUAUGAUGAUGUCCUAUGCUGCAGAACGUUCCAUGAUGUCAUCGUAUGAGCGCUCUAUGAUGUCUUAUGAGCGGUCAAUGAUGUCCCCUAUGGCUGAGCGCUCUAUGAUGUCAGCCUACGAGCGCUCCAUGAUGUCGGCAUACGAGCGCUCUAUGAUGUCACCUAUGGCUGAGCGUUCUAUGAUGUCAGCUUAUGAACGCUCUAUGAUGUCAACUUACGAGCGCUCCAUGAUGUCUCCAAUGGCUGACCGGUCUAUGAUGUCCAUGGGUGCAGACCGGUCUAUGAUGUCAUCAUACUCUGCCGCUGACCGCUCUAUGAUGUCAUCAUACUCUGCAGCUGAUCGAUCUAUGAUGUCAUCUUACACUGAUCGUUCAAUGAUGUCUAUGGCAACUGACUCUUACACUGAUUCUUACACUGAUACGUACGCGGAGGCGUAUAUGGUACCACCGUUACCUCCUGAAGAGCCUCCGACAAUGCCACCAUUGCCACCUGAGGAGCCACCGAUGACUCCACCUUUGCCUCCUGAGGAGCCACCAGAUGGUUCAGCAUUGCCUGCUGAGCAGUCAGUGUUAACGGCUGAAAACACUUGGCCUUCUGAGGUGCCGGCACUCCCUUCUGAAGAGUCUGUAUUGCUGACAGAACCGACUGUGAGUCAAAGUGAGAUUUCUGAGUCUUCGGCAGUGCCUGUCAACUACUCAGUGACUGCUUCAGAGCCUUCAGUGUUAGAAUCAGAGGCUGCUGUGACUGUUCCAGAACCACCACAAGAACCAGAGUCUUUAGUUACAUCAACACCUAUAGAAUCAGCUGUAGUGGGAGAAGAGCAUGAAAGUGUUCCAGAGAGAGCGGCGACUUACAUGAUGUCUGCAACUCCCAUAGUUUCAGCUGAACCUACCAUGCUAACACCAGAAUCUUCUGUCAUGUCAGAAACAGCAGGAGACUAUGAGUCCAUGAAAACAUCAGAGCACGUUGCUUCCGAGUUGGCUGUGUCCCCGCCGGAAUCUGCAGAAACCAUCGCUGAGCCACCACAGCGCGCCGCAGAGCUGCCACCCGUUGCUGUCUCCGAGGUAGCAGUUGUGGCUCCUCCAGAGCCAUCAGCCGGGACUAUUCUGGAACCCCCAGCCGCAACCGUCCCUGAGCCCCUGGCUGUUACUGGUGUGGAUCUGUCCACUGUGACUGCCCAGGACUCGCCUGCUGAGAUUGUCCCAGAGCCUACAGCCUUGCCUGGGCCAGAGCACGUUACCAUUCCUGUGCCAGCUGUCUCUGCCCUGGAGCCUACUGUAUGUACCCUGGAGCCAGCAGCAGCGGACCUUCAGCCUGCUGUGAUUGUUUUAGAGCCCACUGUGCUAGUAGCAGAAACAGUUGUCUCUGUCUCAGAACAAACUCAUGUACUAUCUGAGGUGACUUUAGAGUCUGCACCGGCAACAUUUGAAUCUAGUGUUAUAAAAGGAACAAAUUUACUAUCUGGUGAUCAAAAUCUUAGCCCAGAGACCGACAUCCAGGAGGUUCCCAUGCAUCCAGACGAAGGGCCGCAUGCCGAAGGCCCCCAGAAGAAUGACUGCUAUGAAAGUGAACAUCUUGUGACGACAGACCUUAGUGUGAACAAUCAUCUAGUUGCUGAUGUGGUGGUGGAGCAUAAUUCAGUGUUUGCUGCCAGUGAAAUCGGCGAAGAGAAAGUUUUGCCCACAGACGAGACUCAACAGUGCACAGUAUUGGAUACCUGCCCCAUUGCUAGUGAAGUUCAUGCAGAAGAAACUCCUCCUCCUCCUGCUGGUCCCCUUGCUCUUGAGCUUGAUGCAGUGGGAACGAGUCAGGGUAUUGAAUUUGCCACAACAUCUGCUCUUAGUUUAGUUAGUAAAUAUGAUGAAGUAACAACUCAAGAUAAUGAACAUGACAUGGUAAUUUCCACCAGUCCCAGUGGUGGUAGUGAAGCUGAUAUAGAAGGACCUUUGCCAGCUAAAGACAUUCAUCUUGACCUGCCAGCUAAUGACUUUCUGAGCAGGGAUGCAGAAGGACCAUUGGCUCUAAAAGAGGUUGACCAGAGUUUAGCAGUUACUCUGAGUCCUAAAGAAAGUAGUGGAGAAGAUAAAGACGUCCCUGUCCCUGAGAGAGAGAGUGUGCCCGAGUCAGGAUUUCCUGCCACUAUUGAUGACAUUAAUGAAGCAGACUUGGUGAGACCCUUGCUGCCUAAGGACAUGGAACGGCUUGCAAGCCUUAGAGCUGGCAUUGAAGGUCCUUUACUUGCAAGUGAAGUGGAACGGGACAAAUCUGCUAGUCCAGUUGUAACAAGUCUAACAGAAAGAGCUUCGGAGUCUUCCUCAGAGGAAAAAGAUGAUUAUGAGAUUGUUGUGAAAGUUAAGGACCCACAUGAAAAAAGCAAGAAGAAGAACCGUGACAAAGGUGAGAAGGAGAAGAAAAGAGACUCUUCAUUAAGAUCUCGAAGUAAGCGUUCCAAAUCGUCUGAACACAAGUCCCGAAAGCGUACCAGUGAAUCUCGAUCUCGGGCAAGGAAGCGAUCAUCAAAGUCCAAGUCUCGUCGCUCUCAGACACGUUCUCGAUCUCGAUCAAGACGCAGGAGGAGGAGCAGCAGGUCAAGAUCAAAGUCUAGAGGGAGGCGAUCUGUCUCAAAAGAGAAACGCAAACGGUCUCCAAAACACAGAUCAAAGUCCAGGGAAAGAAAACGGAAAAGAUCAAGUUCCAGGGAUAACCGAAAAAUGGCGAGAGGCCGAAGCCGCACCCCAAGUCGCCGGAGUCGUAGUCACACUCCAAGUCGCCGAAGAAGAUCCAGAUCUGCUGGGAGGAGGAGGAGCUUCAGUGUCUCCCCCAGCCGCCGGAGUCGAACCCCCAGCCGAAGGAGCCGUACCCCAAGCAGAAGGAGCCGCACCCCGAGCCGAAGGAGCCGAACCCCCAGCCGGAGGAGCCGCACCCCCAGCCGGAGGAGCCGCACCCCGAGCCGAAGGAGCCGAACCCCCAGCCGGAGGAGCCGCACCCCCAGCCGGAGGAGCCGCACCCCGAGCCGAAGGAGAAGAUCAAGAUCUGUUGUGAGGAGACGAAGCUUCAGCAUAUCACCCGUCAGAUUAAGGCGAUCACGGACACCCCUGAGAAGAAGGUUUAGCAGGUCUCCCAUCAGACGUAAACGGUCCAGGUCUUCUGAAAGAGGCAGGUCGCCUAAACGUCUGACAGACUUGGAUAAGGCUCAGUUACUUGAAAUAGCCAAAGCUAACGCAGCUGCCAUGUGUGCUAAGGCCGGCGUUCCUUUGCCACCAAACCUGAAGCCCGCACCCCCGCCUUCAAUAGAAGAAAAGGCUGCGAAGAAGUCAGGAGGAGCUACCAUUGAAGAACUAACUGAGUUUUAGAAGCCAAACUGAGGAGUGGGACGAUUCGUUUGAAUGGAGGAGGUGUUGAGUGAGCAACACGCAGAAGCUCUCCUACAGUUUCGUUUCCAUUCACGACGCGUUCACUGAUCGCCACGAGUGUACUGCAUAUACGCAAAGACACAGACAAUCUCCAGAAAUGAUCUUUUGCCACCGGAGCUUGGAAAUUAAUGAGAAUAGCUGGCCAUUGCCUGAGAAAGGAACUUCUUGCGCAUCAACAUUUCGGGUUUUGGCUGUUUGGUACCAGCCACUGCUGAUAAUGGCCAACCGUUACCAGUUCUUCCUGCGGUUCGGGUUUUGGCAGUAACAUUUUAAACACACCUGUUUUUGUUUUUUAAAAAGUGAUCUUUUCGAUUCAGGCUUUUUUGGGGGAGGGGAGCUUUGUUUUAUUAUUAAUAUUAUUUGGGGUGGGUGGGUGGAUGGGGUGCUAGAAUACUGCUGCUAGGAUCCAGAAGUACCACAUUGUUUCAUAUAUUGAAACUUGUUAUUGACUAGCCUUACGUCAGCCUGCAACUAUCAAAUACAUAUUCUGUUCCCUUUUGAUUCCAAGCUUGGUCUACUCUGUUUUUGGCUAAAUGAGCUUUUUAUUCUCUGGUGAUAUUUUCAAAUGAUAAUGGAUGUCAAAAAUUCUGCGUGUGUAGAGACAGGUCCACACAAAUUUCCCCUGACCUUUUCGUAAAGCCAGGCGACGGUGUCUGUUCCUUUACCUCUCAGGAAGGGAUGGAUUUGACUGUAGCCAAGUAUCAGACCUCCUGACCUGCGCCCUCUCCAUCAUGCCUUACUUCCCCUCUUAAGCUCUACUCCCUUUGAGACUCAACCUACAAAACAUUUAUGGAGAGAUACAUUACCAUUUAACUGAACCACAAAUAGCUCAAAUCUUUUAUUUUGCUAUACACUUGGGACAUAGUAAAGUCUUCUAAAAAUCUCACUUAACAAAUCCAAGUCCUCACUUAACAAAUCCAAGCUCCUUAUUCAAAACCUGGUGUACUGUCGAGUGUUUCCAACCUCAUCUUCAGCCCUCUCGUCCCUUCUGAUAGGUUCCUUCUCAGCUUUUUACUACUACACGACUAGGACUAUUUUCUCUCUCUUUCGUUAUGAACUAUCAGACUCUGGCUUGAACUGUCAAGGGAUAGCCCUCAGAUAUCCCGCAAAUUCUGCCUGAUCAUAUUCUCUUCUCUCUUAAGCUUUUGUUCUUUCAGCACUUAUAUACUCAGUUUGGAUUAUAUCAGUUUGCACUUGUUAAUUGUGUUGGUCUGUCAAAAACGCUCAUUAAUAAGUUCAUGUGUAUGUAUCCCAUCUCUUGAACUAGGUUGUAAGCUCCUUGGGAGCAGGGACCAUGUCUUCUAUAUAUACAUACAUAUACACAUAUAUAUAUAUAUAUAUAUAUAUACAUAUAUAUAUAUUUUAUUAUUUUUUUGUAUUCCCUGGACAGUGCCCAGUAUAGUGCUCUGCACAUAGUAGGUGCUCAAUAAAUGUUGUUGACUGACUGA